GCUCCACAACUAUUGUUGGAUGACGACCUCCAGUUGUCUCCUAUCAAUGAUAGACAAACAAGUUCCUGUGGAGGAACACUCACAAAUCUUCGAAUAGGAACAAAGGGAACAAUUAGUUCUCCUAACUAUCCAAACGACUAUCCGGCCGAUGUUAAAUGUGUUUGGUGGUUUAAGGCGGAACAGUCGGCAACUGUAUCUAUAACCUGUUCCUAUGUAUACACACAAUCAUGUGACCAAGGAUAUUUCGACUAUAUUCUGAUUGCCCCAGACUGGGCCUGGGUUAAAUAUUAUCUAUUGUGUGGAGAUUACAAUAAAUUCACCCCUUUCACAAUCUCAUCUACUGAAAACUUCAUGUCUGUUUAUUUCAGGACAAGCUUGCAGCAAAACUAUAGAGGGUUCACAUGCAGCUACGAGGUUGUUAGAAAUGUAACAACAGUUGCUGCUCCAGUCACAACAACAACAACAACAACAGUUAAACCAAUUACUGUGGAGUAUAAUGGAGAAGCUGGGUGCGGGAUACCCAAUGCUUCCAAUAGAAUAGUCGGAGGAACUGGAGUUCAGCCUCACAGAUAUCCUUGGAUGGUUGGACUAUCCUUUAAUGGACAAUGGUUCUGUGGAGGUACACUUUUAAACAAGGAAUGGAUUCUAACAGCAGCGCAUUGCACUCAUGGAGCUAUCAGUGCUUACGCUUACCUGGGGGCUCAUAAUCUAUACAAUGAGGAGGAGGGAAGACUUAUCAUUUUCAGUCAGGAGUUUGUAGAGCAUCCUCAGUAUAAUGUUGAAAAAAUCUUAAAUGAUGUUGCUCUGGUUCAUCUACCGAAGAAUUCUAUCCCUGCAUAUACAAAGAAUAUCUCCCCUGGAUGUCUGCCUGCCAGGAAUGCAGUUGACCAAAAUAUGGCCGGUCAAUCUCUCUUUGCUGUUGGUUGGGGUAAAACUCAAAAUGGAGCUCUCAUUUCUCCAACCCUCAAUGAACUCAGAGUAAGCCUGGUGACUAAUGACGUGUGUAGGAAAAGUUAUGGAGAUAUAAUCCAACCAUCAAAUGUUUGUGCUCAGGGCGCCAACGGGACAGGAACCUGCCAAGGGGACAGUGGGAGUAGUUUACAAUAUUCUCCAAGGGAUGGAUUGUAUAUACAAUAUGGAAUUGUUAGCUUUGGAGCUUCUACAGGAUGUGGAUCAGGAUAUCCUAAUGGUUUUACCAGAGUAACCAGCUACCUUGAUUUCAUCGGCGCUACUAUUGGAAUGAACUUUAAUUAGCUCAAAACUAUUUAUUUCUAUCUUUGUUUUUUGAACAUCUAAAAUUUAUAUUAUCUGUUUUGACGUAUAGAAAGCCUUGAAUGUCAAAUAUAAACGGAUCAAAUAUAUCCUAAUUGUAAUUUUACCAAAAUUAAUUUUUUAUAAAUAUCUUUUUUUCCAAUUAAAUAAAAAGAUAUUAUUAAAAUUAUUUUAGACAUUAUAUUGUUAUCUAUUUGUAAGUGCCCGUUUGAUGCAUUAAAAUUAAAA